AUGAACUACCUUCAGAAGCAAAGCGAGAUCGCCACACCCACCAAGGUGAAGGCCGAGAAACAGGAAGUGCCUGACGAUGAUGAUCGCUUCCUAGGCCUGUCGCCCGAGACGGCUGAGCUGUGGAAGACUUUGGGCGACACGCCCGAUUCGAAAGCUCUGAAGGAAGAGUACCUUCGUACACAUGGAGCACUGAAGCGCGGUUCUAUGGCUGAUCCAGAUAUGUGCUCCAGUUUCUCCAGCGGGAGUUGUGGUGGAAGCACUACAACCGAAACGACGCAGAUUCUGCCGGGUGCGAGCAUGCUGCAUGCUGCAGUUGCACCGGAUGCUUCAAAGAAGCGUCCAAUGGAUGAUGCUGAAGAUGCUGGGCUUAGCAAGAGGAUGAAGGACGAACGUGCUUCCUUGGAGAAGUACGUCGAGGAGCAGAUGAGCAAGCUACGAGCGCAAAUGCAACAGGAGCUGCUUCAGCAUCAGCAGGCCCUUGCAGAUGCAAGGAAACAACAUGACCAGGCGAUACAGGCAGAGCAGGAGAAGCACGAGCACCAGCUCAUGCUACAACAAGCCGAGCAUCAGGCUAUUCUACAGGAUGAAAAGGACCAACACGAGCACAAUCUUUGCUUGCUCAUCGAGCAAGCCUCAGCGGCCAAAGCGGAGGCCGACCGAGUCUCGAACCCUGGACCCCAGCCGCCAGAUGCUCCUCGUGCCCAGCCCAAGCCAGAUGCUCAAGAUGCUAAAGCAAAGCUUCGUGCAAAAAUGGAAGGCCAAGCGGCCGUGCCCCAGCCAGGCGAGCUUGCUUUGCCAAAUCCUUCUGUGGCCGCGGUGGCUCCUCCCGUCGCUACCCCCAGUCAGCAGGCUCCUGCUCAGAGGCAGCUCGCGACCCAGCUCGCUGUGCAGAGCACCAAUCCUCCCCAGACCCAGCUCGCCUUGCAGACCACCAGUCCUCCCCAGACCCAGCUCGCUACGCAGACCACCAGUCCUGCCCAAACCCAGCUUGCUGUGCAGACCACCAGUCCUCUUGCCCAGAAUCAGCAGGCUCCGCUACAGGGGAUUGGUUCCGGUCCGUUCAACUCUUCCACCCAUCCAUCUGCAUGGGGGGCUUUGUACCGGCUCACGCGGGCGCCCGAUUGCAUGCAAGAGAUCCGCCACGCGUGGGACGCAGGAGACUUCCAACGCCAGAACCUGCUCCGGGACUUCAUUGGCAGAUGCUACGUCCCCGGGGGAGAUGCGAGUGUUCACAAGGCUGCCCGGGUGGAGUUUGUAGAGGGCUAUUCGUGGAAAACCGAAGCUGAGAUGCGGAAGCCGCCUCUCGAAUGGGAGGAGUCAAGGAUUCAGGGUGCUAUCAAGCACUGCGAGAAGAAGAAGCUCACGAAGAAAGACUUGUAUGACCCCAACAUCCGCAAGUUCCUCGUGCUUGUUCGAGACGAUGUGGAGAGUGCAGAGGAGAAGCUGCAGGAGCUGCAGCAGGAAAUGGCGCAGAUGGGACUGCUGUCCAGCGACUUCGAGCUGGGAGACAUCAUGGAGGAGUUGGACGGGGAGACCAGUACCGAGACCAAGCCCCCGACCACCAAGAAGCGCUUGGCCGAGUACCCGGCCGUCGAAGGUGAGGAAACGAUCCAGGAGUACUUAGGACAAUACAGACGUGCGGUCCUGUCCCGCAAAGCUCUCUUGAAGGGUGCACGUGAGCGGCUGGAGAAGGAGGGAGCAAAGGGCCAUGAGGAGGACCUCAAGGUCUUGGUCGUGAGCGGUGGUCUCACCAAAGAAUGUGACUCCGAGCACGUGGAGAAUGUGUUGACUGCUUAUGUGGACUCUUCCGGGAAACGGGCGGCCAAACUGGCGAAGUCACAGUCGGAGCUGGCUGGCUGGGCUACGCAUCGGAGAGACAAGGAGACCUAUGUAGGACCAUAUCCGACGGCUGUAAAGGCUGCUGACUUUGCGAAAGUGGUGCUGUCUGGCCAAUGGGCGACAAAGCUUCUAGCAGGGCAUCCUUUGAUACAAACAGAUGCUUGGAGCAAGGCUUUCCUUGAUUUCUGGCACAAAUAUCAAAGUGUCAAUGGGGCACACCCGGUAUUCAAAGAUCAUGCUGGAGAACUUAGUGUUUGCAUCCCCGUGCUUUUGCAUGGGGAUGAAGGCGUGGGACACCGGCGACGACCUGUGUUGCAGCUAUCCUGGGGACCAAUGUUGUCUAUUGGCAAUGGUUCUUGGGACCGGUUGUUUCUGAUGACGACGUGCCCCUGCAAGCUGUAUGCCCAUUUCAACAAAGGGAAUGACGCUGGGAACCCUGUCCUGGACAGGUUGUUUGAUGAAAUGGCACGAUCCCUGCGAAGAGCAUACUGGGUGGGUAUUACAGUGGGGGAUGUUACCUUUUUCCUUGUGCCGCUUGGAUUGUCUGGGGAUCACAUUUUCCAAACAAAGGCAUACAGGUGUAUCAGGCAUCAUACUUGCAAUGAGAUUUGUCCGCACUGUUUGGCCAACUGCAGUGAUGCACCCUUUGAGCAUAUUCACAUGACAGCAGUCUGGACACAUACUGUUUUCAAGUGUGUGCCAUGGGCCAAAACUCCUCCUUUUGCUAUUCUUCCUGGUGGUGGCGAUGCCAGCUUCAUACAGUUUGAUUUGAUGCAUGUGCUCCCGCACGGUUGUGGUCGGACGUUUAUUGCUUCUGUGAUUUGUAUGAUGGCUGGGCCACUUGGAUUGUUUCAACCGAUAUCCGGGCUGAAAUCGAGGCCUGCUAGGCUGCAUGAGGCUUUUACGAGUUUUUCUUCGUACUGUGAAGCCCGUGCUCUCCAUCCCCGCGACAUGCAAGAGUUCACAAUCGACAAUUUGGGAUGGGAGACCAAAGCAAGCUUUCCGGACUGCAGUUGCAAAGCCAUGGAUUGUGUUAUGAUGAUCCAGUGGUGCAUCGACAUGCUUUCGAGUGUGCCUUUUGAAAGGAAUGAUGCUUUGAAUUGGGCCUAUGCUGGCUGCUGCGGUUUUGAUGAUUUCAACAGACUAUGCUAUUGUUCGGAGGAUCGAAUCUUCUGGACACGAGAGGAGGCCAAGCAAGGGUAUGCACACUUAAACAAGUUCUUGAAGGCCUACCGCGCUCUUGCAUUCUACUGGCACCAGCGUUCCUGGACUUUGUUUAACAUUGUUCCGAAGUUUCACUUUGCUGCUCAUUGGCUUUGGUCACUUCAUCAAUUCCUGCAGAGUGAUCGCAUGUGGUGUCUCAACCCGGGUGCUUUUGCAACUCCAAUGAUGGAAGGUUUUGUGGGCUACACAUCCCGCAUAUCAAGAACGACGCACCCGUCGGCUGUAGCAAUUGGCACCGUCCGAAAAUAUUUAGUGGAGGUUCGGAAAGCAUGGCUGUCAGACGGAUGA